CGAAAGGCAGACACAAUACCUGUAUGCGCUGCGGCCCCCCGCCUCACAAUCAUAUACGAUGCCUGGAAACUAGGUGUCGCAUCGCUCAUCACCAGUCGCAAUGUUUCCGAAGUUUGGUGUCUUGUUUUUACUCCUAGCAGGACUGGCUCUUGCAAGAGAGAUUCCACCCACAUCACCUACAAUAGCACCAGCGAGCACAAUCACCCCCGCCCCACUUGCACACGAGGACGUUUUCAAAAGAGCAGUCGGAACAUGCGGUUUUAUUCGUGGUGACUCAGCAUCGCCUGUGACUUGCGGAGCAGGAUACAACUGCGUCACAACCCUCAGAGCUCAAUACGCAUUCGCAUGUUGCAACAAUGUAGAAUGCAUAGACGAUUGGAGUGUUUGCCGUCCGUUUGGUCAAAAAGACUGCAUGGGCAACAAUCUUCCCGACGAUACCUGCUCACGGAUCUAUGGAUCGAUACUCCAAUGUUCGGAAGCAGCGCCCUACUGCGUUACCUAUAUGCGUAGUUCUACUCUCAGCGAUGAAAUCACUUUUGUUUCGUUGACGUGCGGGACAACAUCGGAAGACGUUCUUGUCCUUGCGACAGUAACGAAUGGCGCAAAGCAGACUGCAUCUGGCAAACCCGCCGCCGAACAAACCGAAAGUGCAGAUCCCCUUGCCGGCUUCCCAUCCAUCCCGGGGUUGUCGUCGCCGACUGGAACAACGUCUACUCGCAACUCCCCUGCGCCUACCGGUUCAGGUUCAAACGGACCCGCACUGAGCACCAGGUCGAUCGUUAUAAUCUCUGUGGUUGGCGCUGUGGUAAUAUUCUUGGGCGUGGGAAUUGGAGUGUGUUGUUGGCGCAAAAAGGCAAAGGAUUGGUGGCGCGAGAGAAGAAACCGCAAUAAACAUAUCAUUGAUCCGGCCAGGAUACCCCAAGCGCAAUAUCAACGCACCAAUUAUCAGCCCAGUAAUUAUCAGCCCACUGAUCCGGGUUUGAUAAAUUCGUGGAGGAAUGGGACGCCGCUUGGCGCGAGUCCUGACGUGGAUCCGUCUGUGAAUGGAAGUGUUUAUGGUGGAUACGGUGGAAGAGGCGCGAACGGGGCGGCACCAAGGCCGAUGACGACGGUGCCUGAGCAGUAAGGUCGAUCACUGCGUAACGGGACAUGCUACAUAGCGAGAUACCUUUUCUGUCUAGAUGUUGAGAUUAUUUGUAACGUAUCUGUGAAUACUAAAGCUUACUACGAA